AUGAAAUCCCUUAUGUCCUUGCGCACAUCUACCAUAUUUUUAAAUAAAGCAUUUGCUAACUACGGCAUUUCCCACCAGGCAACAACAAUCCAAGCCUUCAUACCUGCAAACAGGAUCAGUCGGUAUGAAGUCUUCCUGAAAGCUAAUUCAGUCUACACCAUCAACAAAUUCAUAAUCAUCCCGUGCAAGAAACUUUUCAAAGUUUCUGAUCACAAAUACGGCAUAUCUUUCUCCAAUCAAACCGAAUUGCAAGAAGUUACUAAAGGAGACCACAAAAUUGUUUCUCAGAAAUUUAGGCUCCGACCUUUCAAUGAUUUUGCAUCCAUCGUUGACAGAAACGGUGAGCUUUAUGAUGUCAUUGGCCAAAUUCGUCUCAUUACUGGGGACAACUUACAAGACACUACUACAAAUGUUGAAGCACCAAGAACUGCCCACGGGAAGUCUAAGGACAGAAUCUUCUUGCACCUCCUCAUGAGAGAUGGCGAAACAAUUCGUAUUUACCUCUGGGAUAUCAUUGCUGCAAAUUUCCGUACAAGAUGGAAUGCCAGUAAGUCAAAACCAAAUGUUCUGCUCCUCACCACUGCCAAUGCAAAAUUUUUGGGAGGUGCUGUCACACUUACCUCAACAUCUGCUUCUCGCGUCUUCUUUGACGCCGACAUUGCUGAAACCUCAGAGUUUAUAACAACGACGUCGCAACCUUUGUCAUUUUUUACCGUGAAGGGUUAAACUUUCUCGGAAGAAGAGCUGCAGAAGUUUUCUCACUUGAAUUCCCUGAGGGUGAUGAUUCAGACGACUCUGGAAAAUUUAACAAGAAGACACCACAAUGUAUCCUAGACAUUGUUCUUCGCUCAUGCAAAUUUCAUGUUAAGCUGACAGAAUACAAUUUCAGGGCAACCCGUCAAACUUUCACAGUCAACCGUAUAGUGGAGGAUAAUAUUAACAUCCAUAGCAAGCCAUCUGAGAAAGACAUUGAAGGAGAUAUGGGAGGAAAGAAACCCGGACAAUCUACAAAUGCUUCAAGUGGAAUGUCGAAGAAGAAGUUUGAGCACUUACAACUGGAAGACAACAAUAACAACAAGACCGAGAAACGCCAACGCCACAACACCUAAAUCCGUGACCAAAUCUCAUAAUACCCUUGACGUGCAAACCCCACCAGCUUUUAUUAACGAGUUUUCAAUUUCCUGCUUAUUUCAAAGUCUACCCUUCUCUUCCACUUAUCAUCUAAAACUUUUGCUUCUUAUUACCAUAUGAGUCUCGCAUUUAAUCUAAGUCUAUAGUUCAAUGGGAACUACUAUGUUUCUUCACACUGAAACAAACAUUUUAAUGUUUUGCUAUUGCCAAAAAUUUAUUACAAUUACAAAGUAAGAUCCAACUUGGCUUUA